UUCAGCAUAGAUAUUAUCCUUUCAGGCGUUUUGCAGCAUCAGUAGUGGAGAAAGAAGCCGAAGAAUGGGGCAAUUUGUUACUAAGGUGAAGUCCAUCGAGGAAGGAAUUAGCAAAUCUGCUACAGCUUCUUCAACCGAGACAACAACUACCAAGGUCGUGAAUACCACAUUAUCUUCUGCAUCAAAAAUUACAAAGAUAUUACCCACUGGAAUUUUGUUUGUAUUUCAGGCUCUCUCCAACCUUCUUUCCGAUAAUGGAGACUGCCAAAAAUCCAACAAGGUUCUGGUUGGAAUUGCUGUGGGUAUUCUUGGGAUUGCGUGUUUUGUUUUGUCUUUGGUAGACACCUUCACAGAUUCUUCCACAGGCAAAGUGCACUAUGGGAUUGCUACCCUUAAUGGAUUAGCCACUGGUAGUAAAGUGAAGCCUUCUGAUAAAUCAAAUUAUAAGAUCACGCUCAAAGAUUUGUUCCAUGCAGCUUUGGCGGUAGCGGUGUUUGCUGUGAUGGCCCUCACAGACGAAAACAUUGUGCAGUGUUUGUAUCCCUCUGCUGAAAGCAAUAUAAAGAAGGUGUAUAAAGCUCUUCCUGUUGUUGCGAGUGCAGUGAGUAGUGCGAUAUUAGUUUUGUUUCCAUCCAAACGCCAAGGAGUCAGCAGUCCGGUUACAACUACAACUGCUACAACAACAUGAGGUCAAGAAACCUUCGUUAUAAGGAAUAGAGACUAGAGUAUGUAGGCUGUUCUGUUCGUAUUGCGAAAUUUAUCAUAAAAUUUCUCAAACCCUGAACUACUUCGUUCAUAUGUUGUAACUUGUCUUUACCUUGAUUUCUGUAUGUUUAGGCAAGGUUUACUUUCAAACCACCUCAUUAGAUUUAUUCUUUUGUAUUGAUACUGUAAAAUAAAGACCAACAUCUAAGAUGAGAUGUGUUCUCUCAAGUUUAAAAUUUA